AUGGGGUUGUUGCAUCGACCAUCCCGAAGUAACGGUUCGGUCUCUAUUGGUAGUCCAUUUGGUCCCACUGGCCUUUCAUAUAUUCUUGUCAAUGCCAUGUUCAUUGGAUCAGGCCUAAAAGAUUGCAUGAGUGGAUAUUCCUAUGUUGAAAGCAUAGAAGAAUUGCUUCAUUCAUUGAAAGAUAACAACUAUGAGAUGCAGGCCUUCACAAACUAUCCCAUCUGGAAAUUUUGUUUUGUUAGGUACGAGAUGAAUGAGGACAAAUUAAACAUCUCAAAAUAUUUUUCUUCGACGUUCUGUUCAUGUAUAAGUAGGAAGAGGAAGCCUGAUCCGGAAUUCUAUUUGGAAUUCUAUUUGGCUUCUAUGUUUUGUUUGCUUGACGCAUCACUGUGA